AUGCAUGCGACACCGGCCCAGCUACAGUCGAAUACCACUGAUUACAAUGCUCUUGCUAUGGAAUCUUUGAAUGAUGAGGGUGGAGAUGCAAAACCGGUUGAUGCUUUGGCUUUACUUCCGUCCCCGGAUUCUUGUCCAACGAUCCCUAUUCACCCUCCUGCCACAACAGAUGGUAGUGCCGCCGGACACCGAGGUAUCUCACGGAAACAUGUAAAGAUCGCAUAUAAUUUUGAUAAGAAUCUCUUUGAGAUGGAAGUUAUGGGAAGAAAUGGUGCGUUCAUUGGUGCGGAUUGGUUAUCGCCGGGUCAGAUCAGGCCUCUACACAGCGGCGAUUAUAUCCAAAUCGGAGGUGUCCGAAUACGAUUUCUACUUCCAGAUGUACCAAUUGGUGAGACCGGUGCCGAUAGGGUCGAGGAACCCCACGUGGCAGAAGAAGAGAAUGCGCAAACUUCAGUCCCUGCAACGGAGAACGAUGAAGAUGAGAAACGCCGCAAAUCUGAAAGUACAGAGAACAAAGAUGCCCCGAAGACCACCAAGAUCGUUCUUAAGACUAGAGAACCUGAUUCGACUCGCCCGGUACCGUCCAUUGAAAGUUCUGCUGAUGGCCAACAACCUAUGCGUCGUAGAGGCCCGGGACGGCCACCAAAGGAUGGCAUUAUGUCGAAGCGUGAGCGGGCCGAGUUGGCCAGGGAACAAAAGUUAGCUGCAAAACGUGAGGCAAAUGGAGGUGUCACUCCUCCCCCUGCCAACCGGCCGAAGGCCGGAAAGACCACGACUACGGGUACUGUUCCCACUACACCCAAGGAGUCUAUGGGCGGAGAGUCCCCUGGAUCCAAACCUGAAAAGCGGAAGUACACCAAGAGGAAGAAGCCCGAUGGCACCCUUAUGGACUUCCCUCUCCCUUCUACAGAAGGUGGCCAGUUCCCUAUGGAUCAGCGCCCAGAAGACUUCAUCAAAGCCCCUCCGGUCAAGAAGCGCAAGCCCUCGCGUUCACCCUCGCCCAACUACCCACCAGAAUCUGCGUAUACUCCGGAAGAUCUGGCCAAACCGCCCUACAAUUAUGCGGUUCUUAUCUUCGAUGCGCUGACCGAGGCUGGCACACCGAUGACGUUGAAGCAGAUCUACCGUGCGCUGAAGUUAAAGUAUCCUUAUUUCCGUUUCAAGUGUGAAACUGAAGGCUGGACGUCCAGUGUGCGACACAACCUCAACGGCAACAGCCAUCUCUUUAUGCAUGCUGAGAGAGAUGGCAAGGGAUGGUCAUGGCAACUACGUCCGGGAGCAUCAGUCGAAAAGGAGAAGAAGAGGCGUCCAUCGCCGCCGCCGCCAUCACAGCCGCCGCCGAUGCCUGCAGCUCCGCAGUACAUGCCUCCUAUGAACCCAGCGUACUCCAACCCGACGAAUGGGCAGCCAAACAUGGCGAACCCUCAUUUCCAGUUUCCAUCAAUACCAUCAAAUCCAUACCCUGCGCCCUCACCUGCACCUGCUCCUACACCUGCACCUCAGCAAUCAAAUCCUUAUCCGCCACCAUCUCAACCCGCCGCCUCUACCCCUUUCCCCAUACCAAGUCCACUAAGGAACAACCUCCCCCCUGCUUUUGCUCAGACAGUGCCGUCCACAUACACUUCCCCAUAUGCCUCCGAUCCCCCUCCACAGCUGAUUCAAUAUCAGCAAUCGCAGCAACAACAGACCAUGCCGACACAGCCCCAGCAUCAUUCACCUUAUCCGCCAGCCAACCCUGCUCCGCCGCCACCUCCUCCCAUGUCAAUGAACCCGCCAUCUCAAAACCUUCCACCCAACCCAGGCCCACCCAUGCAACACCAGCCCAAUCUUGGUAUUGCCUCAGGCGAGCCCAGUUCCGGACCUAUGGACACUUCCGAAACGUCUUCGUUCAAUGACCGGGCAAACAAGGCGAUUGAUGACUUCGAAGCGGUCCUCAUGGAGGAUUAUGAAGACAAGAACUAUAUUCGAGAGGUACUUAAGAGCGCCCGCGCCCGCGUCCUAGGAGAGGCCACGGAAAGCUCGUUUCCUGGUGGCGAGCCGAAGGACGAGGCAGUCAUUCUCGAUGCGCUUCGCGGCCUAGUCGGAGACUUGAAGGGUGAGUAG